GUCACAGCCUGGGACCUCAGCAAGCCCUGAAGACCUGAGACUCUGAAGCCCACCUGCCCAGCUGUGGACAGCCCAGGUUUGGAAGUAUGACUCCAGUUUUCCUCCUGGCCACCCUGUGCUUAGGGGUGGUCUCAGCUGCUCCAGCACACAAUCCCAGUUUGGAUGCUGUAUGGGAGGAAUGGAAGACAAAACACAAGAAAACAUACAACAUGAAUGAUGAAGGACAGAAGAGAGCAGUGUGGGAGAACAACAAGAAGAUGAUCGACCUGCACAAUGAGGACUAUCUGAAGGGGAAGCACGGCUUCAGCUUGGAGAUGAACGCCUUUGGUGAUUUGACCAAUACAGAAUUCAGGGAAUUGAUGACUGGCUUUCAAGGCCAAAAGACCAAGAUGAUGAUGAAGGUCUUCCAGGAGCCCUUGCUGGGUGAUGUCCCCAAGUCUGUGGAUUGGAGAGAUCAUGGCUAUGUAACUCCUGUGAAAGACCAGGGUUCUUGUGGCUCUUGUUGGGCUUUUAGUGCAGUUGGUUCACUAGAGGGACAGAUGUUCCGGAAAACAGGUAAACUGGUCCCUCUGAGUGUACAGAACCUAGUGGACUGCUCCUGGUCACAAGGCAACCAAGGCUGCGAUGGUGGCUUGCCAGAUCUUGCCUUCCAGUACGUAAAGGAUAAUGGAGGCUUGGACACCAGUGUGUCCUACCCAUAUGAAGCACUGAAUGGAACAUGCAGGUACAAUCCUAAAAACUCUGCUGCUACAGUCACGGGCUUUGUGAACGUCCAAUCCAGUGAAGAUGCCCUGAUGAAGGCUGUGGCCACUGUGGGGCCCAUCUCAGUUGGAAUUGACACUAAACACAAGUCGUUCCAGUUCUACAAGGAGGGCAUGUACUAUGAGCCAGACUGUAGCAGCACUGUUCUGGAUCACGCCGUCCUGGUGGUUGGCUAUGGUGAAGAAUCAGAUGGCAGGAAGUACUGGCUGGUCAAGAACAGCUGGGGUCGAGACUGGGGCAUGAAUGGCUACAUAAAGAUGGCCAAAGACCGGAACAACAACUGUGGGAUUGCUUCAGAUGCUUCCUACCCUGUCGUGUGAGCUGCUGGACAACAAGGAGUAGACAGAGGAUGGCAUGGACCAAGGAAAUCUUUCCCCUUCGUGGCCCAGCCUCAGCUCUGUGGACAAUGGCGGCUGAGUCACUGGAGUUCCGUGCUAUGGUGUGAACUCUGGGACAUUUUAUUCCAGUUAAAUUCAAGUGGCACUCUAUGGCUGUGAGCAGUUUUACAUCCAUGGCGUUUGAAUUUUAAUUUUUUAGAAGAUGGAUACAAUUUCUAUAAAACCUACAUUG